AUGCCCUGGUAUGCGCCCUGGUCGGACGUGAUCAAGAAGAAGAUCUGCCGCUUUCUGCUCCAGCGCUAUCUGGGCCAGUUUCUGGAGGAGAAGCUGACGCUCGAUCAGCUGAACGUCGACUUCUACAAUGGCACCGGCACCGUGCACAACGUCACACUUUACUGCCAGGCUCUAAAUGAACUGUGCGAAGGACAAGGAUGGGGCAUCGAGGUAACGGGAGGCCACAUUGGCUCGGUGACGGUGAACGUACCGUACGAUUCCCUGCUCGCCAAGGACAGCUCUCUCGAGGUGUCGAAUCUAACGAUAAGCUUGCGACCGAAGGCACGACCAACCGAUGGCACCUCGAUGCUGGAAUCCAUGUGGUCGUCCAUGUCCAGCUCCAUGCAGCUGGCACAGGAAUAUCUGGAACGGGAAAGCACUGGUGGCAGCAUAGCGGACGGUCACUCCACACACGGUGGCCAUGGACGGGGUGUCAGUGCGACCGUCACCGGCCAACAGUUGCCCGCGAGUGCCAUGGAAGGGUUGGAAAACUUCGCACAAAUCAUUGACAACGUGCUAAAUAGGAUUAAGGCCAAACUUUAUGACAGCGAAAUUAGAAUAGAAUAUUUGUCACCUGAAGGAGACCGAGGAGUUGCUGUGAUAGUGAAAAUCAAAAGUAUCGAUUACCAGAAUGAAGCUGGUAAUGAUCCGCCAGAUCGUAGCCCGAAAACGUCCACGUCAUCGUCAUCCGGAUCGGAUGUGUCAGAUCACACCAUCACUGGUGGCAGCAGGCACCAGCAGCAGCAAAAAUCGUUCCUAAUUGCGACACACGCCACGCAUCACAUUACGAUCGAAGGCAUCACAUUCUACACGGAAGAAUUUCGGAUACACAAUCCGCGUACGCGCCGCCAUCAGCAACAGCAGCGUACGGCGGAUGCGGAACCGAGCGUGUUACCAUCGUACGGUGAAAGUAUGAUAGACAGUGAACAGUUCCGCAGCACGAUCUCACACAUGUCGGAAGGUGGUGGUUCACCGCCGAACUUACUGGCUAGUGGCGGUGUCGGUGGCAUCGAUGGGGACGGAUACUUUAGCUAUAGCAACACAAGCGUAUGUGAUAAUAGUGGCCCUAACAGCCGAGGGACGGAGUUUUAUAGGCGUAGCAACAGUAGCGGUACGGAUCGUGAAACGGAUCCUAGUGAAGAGGAAGAUCCAGAGAGUGAGGACGACCUAGGGGAGUCAGGCGUGCGAAUGUAUCGGUCUGGAGAGAUCAUUGUUGGGAAGAUCACGUCAAAGCAGGAGAUCCGCCUGAAGAUGAAGCAGGCAGACAAUCUGCCCGGCCCAAACGUGGAGCUGGAGUUGUCCGUUGGUUCGAUCCAGCUAUUCCUGACACCGCGCCAGCUGCAUUCGCUAGUAUUGGUUUGCGAUAGUUUCCUGGGCGGAAAUGAAGAACCACCGCCACGGCCAACGGCACGGGAGAUGAAAACUAGUGCCGGCAGGCGGCAUGAAGCAACAUCGACUGCCGAAAUGGAAUUCCAACAAAACAUGACACGAAUGGGCGGUGGAAUCGGCAUUAAUCAGGGCUGGUCUCUAGCCGAUCCGAUGCAGACGAUGAUCGAGGAGCAGGCCGAAUUUUUGCAACGAGACGCCUACCGGGGCGAUGAUGGCGGUGAAAACUACUCCGAAUCAAUCAUAUCAUCCACCAGCUCCAUGACCAGCUCGUUCACGUCGAACAGUACUUCGUCAAGAACGACGGCAACAUCGGCCGCUAGCCGUAGACGCAUGAUCGAUCCGGAUGCGAAUGCGGACAUUUCAAAGUUCAACGUUCGCGUAGCGGCCGUCGCAUUGGUACUGCUGCAUGAAGACAUUCUGCUGGAAAGUAGUCAGCUAGGUGCGGUGGAAUCACCUCUUUCCGAAGCAAGCGUCCAGCAGCUGCAAACGAAGGCGGAUCGAUUCUUCCGUUCCAUCGGUAACUUGGGGCUUGGGCUCGGUGCUAAUGACAUUAACAAUGCCGGGCUUAUCCUGGACAGUGGAUGCGACUGUAACCAUCUGCGGUUACUUCUUGCUCCGCUUAUUCUCGAAGGUGACGAGCAACGGAACAGGUGCGGAUCAUUGUUACGGUUUUCGAUAUCCAUCGCCCGAGCCGAUCUACGCGAGGUACUGCUGGAGGUUUCCGUUCCACUGGUGGAAUUUUAUCGAGAACAGCUGCCUACCAGUUCCGGUAGUUCAUUGCCCAAGCGGCCAGAAAUUAGUAUAACCUUCGAGCAAAGCUGCAAUGCUUUACGGGGCACAAGUGGCAAACGGUUUUCACCUCCACGCACGAAAAUACACGUCAUGAUGGCACCGUUCCUGACAGAAUUUGACAUUACCAUCCUGGAUCGAUUGAGUUCGUUGCUGUACCAAGCGCCUUUCACAUCCUACUAUCAUAAUACGGGUAGCGCCACGACCGCUGUACCAUCACCAAGCAGUCCCUCUUCUGGUCGCUCUAAGCUCGAGGCCAAAACUGACCUGCAGCUAGAAUCGCUAGCGGUAGACUUCCGAUUGCGUUUUCCUAUACCCGAUCUACGACCGAUUCACGAUCCCCAGCGAGUACCAUGGUGGCGGCGUAACAUUCGGCCCGAUUUUCUACUACUGAAGCUGGAACAGGUGCGCACAGGGAUUGCGUUAAGUCCGCACCCAGUGUAUGACAUUUCGGCGAACGAAAUCAAGCUGUUCUACUACGAGGCGGAACCGAAAGGACCACCAAACGGUUCGGGCGGUGUCGGAGGUGUAAAUAUAGGCAAAACUGUGAUGCAAGAGAAUGCUGCUCCCGGGCAGGUUCCGGCGGUGGAAUAUCCGCGAAUAAUAAUCGAGAUCCCGAGCGAAUGUUCGUUGCAGAAAGCACUGGAAGAACCCGCCCAGUGCGGCACUGACAAGGGCACAAAGUGUACCACCGGUGCUGCUAAAUCGUACGCACCGAAAGCAAGUUCCGGACAUCGCAAUUACGAGGAGAGUGACAGUGAUCCAACUUCUGGUGAAAGCUUCGGUGUCACUACAGGACGCUGUAAGGAGGACACACCGUUCAGUGCAAAACGUGUGUGUAGGGAAAGUGAUACACCGCACUCGAAGUCAUCCGCGUCGGGUAUUUCGGACACACCGGAGACACUCACACUACCAGGUGACACGGACGAAAUGAAUACGUUCUGUUCGUGUGCGAUGAAACGGGCAAAGUUGCAGAUUCGCGUGGAUCUUCCCGUGGUUAGCUUGCAGCUAAAAUCGAAACAUUUGUAUGAAGUUAUCUACAAUCGUAUCAGCACGGACCUGCUGCUCUGGGAACCAAGUGCUCCUUCGGCGACGGCUGCGGCUGAGGCGCAAUCAAAUGCACAGCAUUCAGCCCGAGUUUCUUUCCGCGAGCCAGAAAUCAGUCUCGCUGGCAUGGGCAUGAUGGACUCCAUAUACAUGCCCUACACAAUGUGCCAAAGUGGUAUCCAACUGGAUUCCAGCUCGUCCGCAACCAAUUCCGAAUCAGAGUCCGACUCCGAUGGUAUUUUCUACUCGGUGUACGAUCGUACACGCAGUGGCAACCCCGAUACCGGUGGUGCUAGCGGAGCUGGACGUAAAUCGUCUUCACAUUCACAUCGAAGCUCGUCGCACGGUGGUAAGCAGGCACUGGCUGCCAGUGGCGUUGAUCGUGAUGCAAACAGCAUAGCAUUCCGCUUGAAUAUCGGCCAAGGUGUGCUAACGAUGUUCGCACCCGUCCGGGACGCGCAAAAGCAUGUCAUUCCGGGCCAGUUUGGAGAGUUUGUGAUUCGAUUGAAUUCGGCGUACAUAUUCUCCGUGAGCGGCUUCCACGGCAAUACGAAUCUGGGUUACCUGUGCAUACAGGCGAAGUCGGCCGAAUUCUACCAUUGUGGGUUGAUUCCGACACCCAGCAACAAUCCACCGCUGCGUUUGAUAAACAGUGUGUUACCAUCGUAUCUGCAGAGUACGCUGUAUCCGACACCGAAAAGUUUAACCCUACACGAACAGCGUGGUUGUGCGAAUCGGGAGAUGCUUUCGCUUGCAAUCCAGAUUAAAUCUGUGCCCGAUUUGGCGAUCAAACGCAUCCGGCUGGCGGCCGGCAUACAGUUGACUACGCUGCGGCACCAUUCCACAUUGCAGCAACAUGCGUGGCUUACGCAGCUGCUCGACAUGCUGGAUGUGGUGGAUUAUCCCGUGCAGGGAUACGUACCGCUUGGUGUAGUUACGGAAAUGCAUCUGCAUUUGUGGGACUGUGCAAUCGAUUAUCGGCCACUAUACUUCCCUUACCGUGCGGUCAUAACGAUUGGCUCGUUCAUGAUUAGCAGCAACAUCACGACGGCCAGCAGUGGUCUUACGCUGAACUUUAUUGCCGAAGAUGUAACGCUUAGCCUCGCACCGCAACAAAUCACGAUCUCGUCGAACGGUGGAAAGGAUUCAUCUAGCAGUAGCGGACAUCAAGUGGCACAGAACAGUAGCAAGAUAACCGUACUACCGUCGAACGAAUUGGUAUGCGUGCUGGAGGUAGGACUGUUCGAGAUUUCCCUGAUGCUUAAUGAACGGGUGACGGUGAAAUUUCCAAAGUUUGAUUUGCGCACUGCCAUCAACGAUGUGCACGUGCGGACGUGUGCCGAUUCUGCCCGUGCAUUGGCACAGCUGAUCGGGUAUCUGGCAGCAGAAGGUGAUCUGCUGUUGCCGGAAGGUGAUGCCGGUGCGGACAUUUCUGCGAGUGGAGGUGGAAUCUCGUUAGCGGGAGGAUCGGACACUGCAAUCGGUGGAAGUGGUGCAUUAGAGCAGCACGAUGUUGGCAACAUGCAAGGACUGCCGAUGGGUGGUGAAUCGGAGGGUGAGCUGUUACCGGUACGUCCACCAUCCAGCGCCAGUGGACCGGUUGUGACGCCGAAGCAGCAACAGCACGUUAACACCCUUAUGGCCGAUGCAAUGGAAGAAAGCCUGUACAUUGAAAGCACCGCAGGUGGUACCGGAGCGGGAGACGACGCGUUGCUUGAGGGUGGUGCUGGAGUGGAAAUGUUUUUCUUCCCCGACGAGCGGCAACGGCGAAAUAAGGACGAAAAGGAUCCACGUAGCGGUACGAUCGUGUCGGACAGCAAUAGCAAUAAGCGGCGCUUCGGUUCGGACGAUGAUUCGUUAAGUAUCGAUGAUGGUUCGAGCAUACCGUCAUCCUACCAUGAUGAUGAUCAUUAUUUGAGACAGCACGACCAGCACCUCCAUCACACAAAUCUCACCGGAGCUGACGUGGACGAUGAUAACGCGAGUGUGAAUAUGCGCGAGCUGAUGAACUUUGAGCGAUCGGUACUUGGGCAGCAUCCGAUCAAUUACGGCAUAGGAGAUGAUGAUGACGAUGAUACGGGUGUCGAGGCGCUACCACAGGUUGCGAAAGAACUAGGCGACGUGAACAAACUGAACCAACAGCGCGUGGAAUCUAACGUGGCCGGCAGCGGGUCUCAUUUCGCUCAGCGUAAAAUCAGCUCGGAUACCGACGAUGAUUUCUGUAUCAUCGCAGAUGAGGAGCGUCCCCAUCGGGAUGAUUCCCACAACCAGGAGGUGCCAGUGUCGGAAGAUCCCAUUCGCAUUGUGGACAAUCAUUUCAGCAUACCGAGCGGAAAGCCCGACCUGUUAAAAGCUCCGGAAGAUUUCCCCAGCGCAGUGGAACGGUACACAAUCUGUGAGAUGACCGUAACGUGGCACAUUUACGGUGGACGAGAUUUUCUCACCAAAGAGGAUCGACGUCGUAAGGUGAAGCAACCGAUGACGAGUGGGACGGUGAGCAAAGCAGAGAAACAUACAACCGUAGCUAGUACGGCGGGUACCGUCCAUCUUCCUACCGCUUUGCCGAUGUCGGAAGCGUAUAAAUCGGGUGUAAGCUAUUCGAAGGGAUCACCGUCGGUGAGCUUUGGCGGGCCGACCAGUGCAGCAUUGGCUAAGCUAACGUGGAAAACGCGCGGCGGUCCGGAUCGUAAGCACGAUGUGACGAUGGAAAUUCACAUCAGCAAGGUACAGUUUUCGCACGAAACUUACCCUUCCAAUACGAAGGAAGCAUCCCGGCAGGUGCUGUUGAUCAACGAGCUGGAGAUCGUGGACGGGCUGGCCGUGUCGAAUAUAAAGAAAUUUCUGUACCACCCGAAACUGCCCAGCCGCCCAACGAGCAAGCAGAGCACGAAUCACAUGGUCGUUAUUAAGGCGCUGCACAUGCGCCCGAAUCCGGCACUGUCGGCCCAGGAAUGUUGUCUGCGUGUUUCCGUACUACCGAUACGGCUCAACAUCGAUCAAGACUCGCUGCUGUUUUUGAUCAACUAUUUCAAUCAGCUCGGUGGUGGGGGCGAUAUUAAUGAGGCAAAUCUACCGCCCGUGGGACCAACCGGUGGUCGUGCCUCUCAGACAGCGACACCGGCCCAUCAGCCACCGGUAAUGACGGUAGAAUCGAUUCCGGAUGCGGUGCAGGAACUGCAAGCGAAAAAGAUGGUGUCCGAGAAUUUGAUGCUGCUUAUAGAGGAGGAAGAAAAGCUGAAGGACACUCAGGAAGGUGCCGCUUACAGCGAGGCGGGUGAUUCGACACCGAUCUACUUCCGCAAUGUGAUCUUCAGUCCGGACGUACCGAUUCGCAUCGAUUACCACGGCAAGCGGAUGGAGCUAUCGCACGGUUCGCUGGCCGGUUUGUUGAUGGGACUGGGACAGUUGCAGUGUUCGGAAAUUCGGUUGAAAAAAAUCUCCUACCGUCACGGGUUGCUCGGUGUGGAUAGGUUGUUGAACUUCCUGCUGCAAGAGUGGUUGCAGGAUAUUAAGAAACAUCAGCUGCCGAAGAUUAUCGGUGGUUUUGGACCAAUGUACUCGCUGGUGCAGCUUCUGCAAGGCAUUUGGGAUUUGUUCUGGUUGCCGAUCGAGCAGUAUCAAAAGGAUGGCCGAAUCGUUCGAGGAUUGCAACGCGGAGCACAAAGUUUUACGGCCCGUACGGCACUGGCAGCACUGGAGAUAACUACCCGUAUCAUACACCUACUGCAGAUUACGGCCGAAACGGCCUACGAUAUGAUUUCGCCCGGACCAUCGAUCCGUCGCGGUAGGGGCAAUCGCAAGGGAAAGCGGAAGCGUCUACAUCCGCCGCAAGAUAUUCGCGAGGGCAUGUCCAACGCCAUACAGAUAGUACGAGAGGGAAUCACGGAGACGGCACACAAUCUAGUGGAGAUCACUGCCCUCGAGCAUGAUCAGAAAGGUUACACGGGAGCCGUUGGUGCGGUAAUGCGCCAAAUACCCCCGAUCGUGGUGCAGCCCAUUGUGUUGGCCACACAAGCCACGAGCAACGUGCUCGGCGGUGUGAAAAAUCAGCUCGUACCGGAUGCACGUGCUGAAGCGCGGGAAAAGUAUAAGGACGAUGUGGAGUAA